UUUACUUGACAUAUAUGCCCUCGACCAAAUAACACAGGCCAGGCGUUUAUAGUGUACACUUUGAGGAAGCAGACAUACGCUGAUAACACACGCAGAGAGAGAGAGAUGCCGGCCGGUGGAAUAUUGGAACUGCUGCUCGUCGAUGCAACAAACUUGGGAGAUGACAAGGACUUACUGGGCGACAUGGAUCCCUACGUUAAUAUUCAGUUCAAGAACCAGAAGCUGAAGAGCAGCGUAGGUCGAGGUCAAGGCGCAAAUCCUGUAUGGAAUGAAAAGUUUAGUCUUUGGGUGCAGUAUCCAGACAUAGAUGAUGAAUACAAGCUCACCCUUAAAAUCCUGGACAAAGAUAGGUUCUCCCGUGAUGAUUUUAUUGGACAAGCCACAAUUGAUGUGAAAGAUGUGGUGGCAUUAGGCAUGGAAAAGGGAAAGACCUCCAUGAAACCUUGCACGUUCAGUGUUGUUGGUGCUGAUGGGACACGAAGUGGUGAGAUCCAAGUAGGGUUCAAUUUCACCCCAAAGGUUCUGGAAGGAGAUGGACCAGCGAUCCAGUGCUAAGGUGGCACUUUUCCUAUGGUGGUUUUAUUAUCCAAAUCUGUAUGAUAAUUGAUAAAUAAAUGACUGAUAUAGUAUAUAGAUGUAAUUUUAAAAGAGUUAAAAUCUCUAAUAUAUGAAUAUCUUAAGAUAUUCAA